UCGCCUCAUGACCAGGAGACACAAGUACCCAUCUCAUCUUCGUCUCAAUCUCUUUGGUGGAGUACAACUAUCAAGUGUGACAUAUUAUGUAUACGUUUAAGACACUAUUAGCGGUCGCAAUAUGCGCGACCGCGACAUGGGGAGCCCCGCAGAGAAGUAGUGGAGGUGGUGGCAGUGGAGAUAAAGAUGCCGUAAUAACGUCGCAGCAGCUUGAAGUUAGUUUUGACGGAAAUUACAUAAACAACUUCGAGACGAGCAACGGCAUCAGCCACCAGGAGUCGGGCGCGCCGAAGGAGAUCGAGGGCGAGACGGCUGUGGUGUCCCAGGGGGCGGAAAGUUACGUAGCCCCGGACGGCCAGCAAAUCAGCCUCACGUGGAAGGCCGAUGAGAAUGGCUUCCAAGCACAGGGCGCCCAUCUGCCAACGACUCCUCCAAUUCCACCAGAGAUCCAGCGCGCCCUUGAGUACAACGCGGCUCACCCCGAGGAAGACGACGGGGGCCAGCCCAACAGACCCCCCCCAAGAGGUUAAUCAGCUCCAGCGACGUCACACCUUGAGAACGAAUCGAUCGCGUUAACCUUACCAAAAGAAUAAGCCGGCCUGUGUUAUACGGAUAAAAUCGACCUGACUCACACCUUAAAAAAUCCAACGAUUUUGUUAAAUGAAUAAAAAAAGAAUAAACAUCGCAAUUCAGCGACAGAUUUUUAAUAUACGAAAAGGAGAAUUUUCGGGAUUCGUCGAAUGCCAGUUGAUUUGGCUGAUGAGCGGGUUUCGGCGAGGAGAGGGCGAGACCUCUCUCUCCCCGCAGAAAUCAGCGGUAAUCGCACCCCAUGUCGCGUUGUGAUUUCUCAUAUUUUUAAUAUAUUACCUGAUAUACAUAUAUAACAUAUUUUUGUGUAAAUAAAGAAUCUGAAUGUGAAA